AUGGGGAUGAAAGAAUUAGCAGUAUGGAUUGUAAGUCUCUCAGUGGCAUGUUCUUUGAGAGUGUCUCUGAAACCAGCAAGAGCUCCCAACCACAACAACAGAAUCUGUAGCACCUGGGGAAACAGCCAUUUUAAGACCUUUGAUGGAGAUGUCUACCAGUUUACUAGUACCUGUGACUACAACUUUGCCUCUGACUGUCACAACUCGCUUCCCGAGUUUUCUGUUCACAUCCAGCGGGCAGAUACAGAGGGCAAACUUCUCAUUGAAUCUGUGGUGAUAACCAUCAAAGAUUAUGUCAUCUUCUUGACUAAGGACACUGCUGUUGUCAAUGGGGAAAAAGUCUCCAAUGCAUUUUAUGGACCUAGACUUUUACUAGAAAGAAGCCACAGCUACACCAAGCUUUUCGCUAAGAUGGGGCUCAUUUUCAUGUGGAAUGGCGAAGAUGCACUUAUGGUGGAACUGGACACUCAAUUCCAAAAUCGAACUUGUGGCUUGUGUGGCGAUUACAAUGGAAUUCAAGUGUACAAUGAGUUUAUUUCAAAAGAUGAAUCUUUCACCCCAAUCCAGUUUGGAAAUCGGCAGAGAAUUUACAAACCCAAUGAAAACUGUGAAGAUCCAGUUGAAGAGGAUACUGUGGUGGACUGCAGCAUGCAUAGGGACAAGUGCGAAAUCUUACUGAGUGAGAGUGCCUGGGAAAAUUGCUUAAGUCGCGUGGAUAAAGAAGUCUUCAUUCAGGCUUGCAUGAAGGACAUUUGCAACUGUCCAAACUCUGCAAGUGAUUUCUGCCUCUGUGGCACACUUUCUGAAUUAUCAAGGCAGUGCUCCCAUGCUGGCGGCAAACCUGGGAACUGGAGGAGUGACAGCUUCUGUCCCAAGAAAUGUCCAUUCAACAUGAUUUACGAAGAGAGCCGUUCUCCAUGUUUGGAUACCUGUUCUAAUCAGGAUGCCAGCAAACUGUGUGAAGAACAUGCUAUGGAUGGCUGCUUUUGCCCCCCAGGAAUGGUUGUGGAUGAUCUUUCAAAUACUGGUUGCAUACCAGCCACAGAGUGCAAAUGCUCACUACAUGACACACAGUUCAACCCAGGAGAGAUCGUCAAGCAGGAGUGUGAGGAAUGCCUGUGUAACGCCGGCAAAUGGAUGUGUAAGAACCUGCCAUGUUCUGCAACCUGCUCUGUGGAAGGUGGAACCCACAUCACCACCUUUGAUGGAAAGUCCUACAUUUUCCAUGGCAACUGCUACUACAUCUUGACAAAGAUUCCUGGAGACAAGGGCUUCACUGUUUUAGUAGAACUAAUUCCAUGUGGCACUCAGCAGCUGGAUGCUUGUAUGAAAACUAUGGUACUUCUGCCAGAUAACAACAGGAACAACGCAUUGUCUUUUAAAGCAGACGGGCGAGUUUUUCAGAAUAAUGCUGAAAUCCACUUACCCUACGUAACAGCCAACAUUAAGAUCUUCAAGCCUUCGUCUUUUCACAUCAUGAUCCAGACAGAGACUGGCCUUCAGAUUCAACUACAACUGGUUCCCAUAAUGCAAAUUUACAUUGCAUUGGAUCAGUCCAACAAAAAUAAGAUGGAAGGUCUUUGUGGAAACUACAAUGAUGCCCAGGCUGACGAUUUCAAGACAUUCCAAGGAAUAGUAGAGGGCACAGCUGCCUCCUUUGCCAACACAUGGAAAGCCCAGAGCAGCUGCCCAGACCAGAAGGACCACUUAGAAGAUCCAUGUGCCAUCAGUGUGGAGAAUGAACAAUAUGCUGAACACUGGUGCUCUGCACUUCGAGAUGAAAAAGGAGACUUUUCUAAAUGUCAUGCUAUGGUUAACCCUCAAGAAUACUAUAAGAAAUGCAAAUACUCCACCUGCAACUGUGAGAAGAGUGAAGACUGCUUGUGUGCAGCACUGUCCUCAUAUGUGAGGGCCUGUAUGGAUAAGGGCAUCACUUUGGAAGGGUGGAGAAAGAAUGUCUGUGUUAAGUAUGCUGAAAGCUGUCCUGCUACACAAAUCUUCUCCUAUGGCAUAAAAAGCUGCCAACAGACCUGCCGCUCCCUCAGCAUGGGUAGUCAGGCCUGCACAAUGAAUUUCAAACCCGUGGAUGGAUGCUCCUGCCCAGAAGGUUUUUACCAGAAUGACCAAGGGAGCUGUGUGCCCAAGGCAAAGUGCCCAUGCUACCAUAAAGGAGACUGGGUUAAACCUGGAAAGUCUAUAAUGAUACAAGAUGAAAGAUGCAUCUGUGCAAAUGGGAGGUUGCAUUGCCAAGUUUCAGCACGCAUGAUAGAAGAAUCUCUCUGUACUGCUCCAAUGGUCUAUGUUAACUGCAGUAAUGCUAAGGUCGGUACAUCUGGAGUGGAGUGCAGGAGGACCUGUCAUAACAAAGAUGGAAUCUGUUAUGCUGUGGAGUGCCAGUCAGGUUGUGUGUGCCCUUCAGGAAUGAUUGAUGAUGGCAGAGGCAACUGCGUUAAGGAAUUUCAAUGUCCCUGUAUUCACAAUGGAGCAUAUUACUUCAAUGGAGCACACAUCAAGGUCAAGUGCAACACAUGCGUCUGUCAGAGUGGUACUUGGCAAUGUACAAAUAAAAAGUGCCCCGGAACUUGUACCAUUUAUGGAGGAGGACACUACCUUACUUAUGAUGGCCUGCGUUAUGAAUUUGAAGGAGACUGUGAAUACAUCGCAACAGAGGACAACUGUAAAGAUCCAUCCAAGAAUAGCACCUUCAGUGUCAUCACUGAAAACGUGCCGUGUGGAACAACAGGUGUGACUUGCUCAAAAUCUAUCAAAGUUUAUCUUGGGGAAACUGAACUUAAACUGGGUGAUGGAAAAGUUCAGCUUCAGCCACUUGAAAAACAACAAAAAGUAAAUUUUAAGGUCCACAGGAUUGGUAUAUACUAUGCUGUUGAAACUGACAUUGGACUUACUCUUUUAUGGGACAGACGGACCACUGUUUACAUCACUCUAGCCCCAGAUUACAAGGGACAAGUCUGUGGUUUAUGUGGAAACUUUGAUGAUAACACGAAAAAUGACUUUACUACCAGAAAUCAGCUCAUUGUGGUGAGCCCUAUGGAAUUUGGGAACAGCUGGAAGGUUUCCAGUUCCUGUCCUAAUGUUGAUGUUGAUGUAGACCCCUGUUCCGUCUCUGCUCACCGAAAGAACUGGGCACAAAUGCAAUGUAAAAUCAUUUUGGGUGAUGUGUUCAAGGCUUGUCACUGCAUGGUGGACCCCGUUCCUUACUAUGAGGCGUGUGUUCAUGAUUCCUGCGCCUGUGAUGCUGGAGGAGACUGUGAGUGCCUCUGCACAGCCAUUGCUGCUUAUGCUGCAGCCUGCAAUCAUGUUAACAUGUGCAUCAACUGGAGAAAUGAAGACCUCUGCCGUUGCUUCCCUCAGUGUCCUCCAGACAGACCAAUCUUCCAUGAGAAAAAUAAUACCUGCGUACCUUAUGAGAAGUGUGGCUGUGUAAUUAACGGCACCCACUAUAACCCUGGUGACAAAGUUCCCACUGAUGAACCAUGUCAGGAAUGUAUUUGCACAUCAUAUGACAAUAAAACGUGCAUCAGAAAUGAAACAUGUGCCUCCACAACAACAUCGACAACUACCACCACCACCACAACAGAAUCUACAACAACUCCAACCACCACCACAACCCCAGAAUCUACAACAACUCCAACCACCACUACAACCUGCAUUACAAAUUGUGCUUGGACAAACUGGUUUGAUGAGCACUACCCAAAUAAUGAAGGAGAAUAUGAAUUAGUACAAAAUAUUAAAGGUCUAAAUUGUGAAAAAAUUGAGAAGGUGGAAUGCAGAUCUGUCCCAUUCCCUGACAUAAGCCUAGAGGAUCUGGGCCAAACAGUCACAUGUGACAAUAAAGGACUGACAUGCCACAAUAAAAAUCAGACAAAGUUCCCACCAAAAUGUUAUAACUAUGAAAUCCGAAUAUGGUGCUGUCAUACCACCACCACAACCACAGAAAGUACAACAACUCCAACCACCACAACAACAACAGAAUCUACAACAACUACCACCACAACAACAGAAUCAACAACAACUCCAACCACCACCACAACAACAACAGAAUCCACAACAACUCCAACCACAACCACAGAAAGUACAACAACUCCAACCACCACCACAACAACAGAAUCAACAACAACUCCAACCACAACCACAGAAAGUACAACAACUCCAACCACCACCACAGCAACAGAAUCUACAACAACUCCAACCACAACUACAGAAAGUACAACAACUCCAACCACCACCACAGCAACAGAAUCUACAACAACUCCAACCUCCACUACAACCUGCAUUACAAAUUGUUCUUGGACAAACUGGUUUGAUGAGCACUACCCAAAUAAUGAAGGAGAAUAUGAAUUAGUACAAAAUAUUAAAAAUCUAAAUUGUGAAAAAAUUGAGAAGGUGGAAUGCAGAUCUGUCCCAUUCCCUGACAUAAGCCUAGAGGAUCUGGGCCAAACAGUCACAUGUGACAAUAAAGGACUGACAUGCCACAAUAAAAAUCAGACAAAGUUUCCACCAAAAUGUUAUAACUAUGAAAUCCGAAUAUGGUGCUGUCAAUGUGAAACAACCACCACAGUAACUCCCACACCAUCAACUACCACCCCAUCAACUACCACCACCACAACCACAGAAAGUACAACAACUCCAACCACCACCACAACAACAGAAUCUACAACAACUCCAACCACCACUACAACAACAGAAUCCACAACAACUCCAACCACCACCACAACAACAGAAUCUACAACAACUCCAACCACCACCACAACAACAGAAUCUACAACAACUCCAACCACCACCACAGAAAGUACAACAACUCCAACCACCACCACAACAACAGAAUCUACAACAACUCCAACCACCACCACAGAAAGUACAACAACUCCAACCACCACCACAACAACAACAGAAUCUACAACAACUCCAAUCACCACCACAACAACAGAAUCUACAACAACUCCAACCACCACUACAACAACAGAAUCUACAACAACUCCAACCACCACUACAACAACAACGCCAACAACUACCACAACUCCAACUACAACAACAAUCUCUACUACAAGACCACAAUUAUGUGUACCUGGAGAGAUUUUUGAGAUCUGUAACUGCACCACAGUAAAGUGUCUUGAAAACAACACCCUGCAGUAUAUUCCUUAUAAUUGUACCCCACCUGAGAAAUUCACUUGUGCAAGUGGACGGCCCUCUAACACUGUAAUGGAUGAAAAAUUCUGCUGCAAAGUAGAGGUUUGUGAUUGUUACUGCACUGGCUUUGGAGACCCACAUUACAUUACAUUUGAUGGAGAAUACUACAGUCAUCAAGGGAACUGCACCUAUCUGCUAGUAGAAGAGAUUCGUCCCAAUUAUGACAAUUUCAAGAUUUACAUUGAUAACGUUCAUUGUGAUAUUCGUGACCGAGUGUCUUGCCCACGCUCCAUCAUUGUAUCCUUUGAAUCCCAGGUCAUUGAAUUGAAGAACAUGGAAACAAAUGGGCGUGUAAAACUGAAGGUAAGUGUAUUUGUGAACAGUAAAGAAGAGCACCUGCCAUUCAAGAGAUUUGGAAUGAAGGUUUACAGCUCAGGUCUCAACCUCAUUCUUGAAAUCCCAGAAGCAGAAAUAGAAGUGACCUUCAAUGGAGUGGCCUUUACAAUUAAGUUGCCUUACCAGAAAUUUGGAAACAAUACUCAAGGACAAUGCGGAACCUGCAACAACAACAGAGCUGAUGACUGCCUACUGCCAGGUGGACAGCUUGUGGACAGUUGUGAGGUGAUGGCGGAUUACUGGCUUGUGAACGACCCCAAUAAGGCUCAUUGCACCCCUCCAACGCUGCUACCAACUGUCCCUCCAUCAAAACCUACUGUGAAACCCACUGGUGUACCAUGCACUGCCAACUCCCUCUGUCAGAUUAUCAAAAGCAGUGUGUUUGAAGACUGUCACAAAUUACUGUCUCCAGAUCCUUACUAUAACGCUUGUAUUUUUGAUGGCUGUCAAAUGCCAGACACAGAUAUUGAGUGUUCCAGUCUACAAAACUAUGCUUCCAUGUGUUCCAGCGUGGGUGUUUGUUUGUACUGGAGAAAUUUCACCAACAACAGAUGUCCAUCCACCUGUCCAAAAACGAAAAUAUAUAAGCCCUGUGGACCAGUGGAACAAGACACUUGUACACAACGCAACGCCUAA